CUCGGACGGCCCGACAACCUUGACCAAUAAAAAGAGGCUGAUGUACCUAGCCCGUAUGGUCCUAGCGUCUAACAGUGGCAUUGGAUAUUGAGUGCCUCAAGCAUACUUUGAUCGCACCCAUGCAUUAGAUAAAGUGGAUUAUGGCUACCUCCCAAAGCAGACAAGUGUUUGAGUUCACUGAAAUUGACAAGAUCUACCCCGCAUUGUUAAACCUCCGACGCCCAACCUUACUGUUAAACACUAAAAUCACUCAUGACCACCUAAGGCCCCUUAAGAAACUCGCGCAAGAUUUAAAGGCCGGUGCGCAAGCACUCGAAAAUGCAUAUAAACUAGGAACUGGUUAUGAUGAUCUGGCUGUGGUCCUCCUGGAGCCAAGCGAUAAGGCGGACACUCACUGCUUUGACGAUAUGCUCAACGCCUCAACGGCUUUAAGGGCAGUUGAUUCAUCUCUAUGCCAUACAUUCGAUGGGCAGCGUAGUAUCCAGAACACAAUUAUCUUGGAUAUCCGGGCAUUUCGAAGCGAUUCAAUUCGUCGAACACAGCAUGGUUCAGACAAACUUAGAGCUGACGAGCUUGCCUAUACCGCCUUCGAACAGAUACUCUGCGAUCUAAAACCAGAUGUUAUCCUUGUCUGUCAAUACCAAACUAAUAUGAAUGAAGUGGGGAACUAGUUUGCUCAGCAGGUUUGUUCAUUAAUCGACGAGGCUACGGAUAUAAGCAUGCUUCGCCUUCCAAGGACUCAACAUGAAUUAGUGAUAGUGAAGGGUUUUCACCUAAUGUAUCUUGAGUACAUGCGUGAGGCGC